AUGACUCGAGGAGCUGGAGGGUUCUCUAUUGCGCCAAGCUUGCAUGUCCAAAGCAUUUGGAGCGAGAGUAGUGAGCGAUAUCACGAGGCUAGCGAAUUGAUGAUAGGCUGUAUACUAGAUGAGUCGAUCAUUCCGAGAUUACAGACUGCCUUCUUAGAACGGCGAUUGUCUCCCUUCGACACUUUCUAUUCAUUGCCGCCGUAUCGUGAUAGGAUGAUGUUCCAUGUAAUGAGCACGCAGUGUCUCGAUUUGAAUCCACCGCAAGCCUUUUCCAACUUGAUCAAGUUCAUGCUGGAAUGUGGCAUGAAGCCGAAAACAGAUGAUAGGGAGCUAUUCGGCGGAUUGCUUGCACUUUUCGGACUGAUUGAACUCGCCGUGAAUGAUCUUCCGUCGGUUUUGGAACUAAUUGAGUUGAGAGGGCCGCUUCAACUCUGGCAUUUGACUCACUAUCCAGAAAUAUUGAAGCGAAAUCUGCGGUUGAUUCUUUCCCAAGAUGAAGAAUUGUGCCACAUGCCAAGGAUAACCAAAGCAAUCAUUCGGGAGUCUGAGGACGAGCUCAGGAAGGCUCUGGCGAGUGGAGAUGCUUCGCCAGAUGAUAUAGUCGACGAGAGCGGGCGCAUCUCGGCGCUGGAAUUUGCAUUUGGGUGGCCGAAGGGUAUCCAAGUUCUUCUACAGUCAGGGGCCAAUGUACCCGCUCACUUUGACGCGUUUGUUUCCGGAGAGGGAGAACAAUACAAUGCUUCAGCCGCCCUAUUACUCCAAGGUGGUUACUGCUUUGGGUGGUAUGAUGUGUUCUGGAGCACGAAGGGCAACGAUGAUGGCACUAGACAAGCGCUGCUUGUCCACGAGUUAGCGGAAAGGCGAAUAAGACUAUGGAUGCUUAUCAAGUCUUCCUUACUUGCUGAUGAGAUACCGCCUCUCGAUGACGGCUCCAUGCUCGAUGGGUAUGCCUCAAACCUUUGCAAGGCUUUGGCUGGCCUUGGGAUCGAUAUUCCGAAAUCGCUAUGCGUUCUGAUUGAGGGCAAUCAAGAUUCAAUUUACCAGAAGCUUGCGGAUAUGGAUAUGCCAGCUAUCCGCCUGAUGGAUAGCCUGUACGACGCUGGCUUUCAUGACGUUGAUUUGCCUAAUUCGGAAGGGAGAACGCCAUUGAUGAGGGUGUGGCCUUUCGUGCAUAACAUCCCUGAGUUUUUCCGGCGUGUCGCCUGGUUGAUGUCAAAGGGUGCCAGUAUCGAACGAAGGUUGCCACAAUCGAACGCCAAAGUGGCCCACUUGCUCACAAACAGAAUCAUCAGAUGCCACUUUUUGUAUCCGAGAGGCGUAAACGAAUCACCUUAUAACGCAAGCGACGAGUGGAAGAAACUCGCUGCGGGAUGGAAAGAUGCAUACUUUUUCGUACCCACUAUACAUGACCAUUGCAACUGUGCCUGUUCUUUGGGUGGAUGUACCACGCUCUCGGUGGCCCUCAGAGGCAUUCUUUCGUGGAUACCUCGAUUCGAAUUAGAAGGCCACAUGGACCACUUGCGACCCUGGUUCCUGUCACUCGUUGCCUGGCAAAGUUCCUGGCCACAUCUUGCGCGAGUGGUACUACGGUCCCUCACGUUUGAUGCGUUGGGUCUCACGCAUACCUGCUGUAUCGAGAUCAAUGCAUAUGAUGCUUAUCCAAUCCAAACAGGGAGAUCUGAUGCAGAGAUUAGCAGGAUCUUGGAUGAGGAGCACUGCUUGCUUCAAGAUUUUGAAGAACUGCUACAGGAGAUGGAAAGCAAAUUUGAUGAGCUUGGCCUCUCGAUUGAAGAAUUCCUCGAUGACUACUGGUAUGAUUGUGUAAUCAAGUACCUCUCGAGGCGUGAUUCGUACGAUGAGCAUCAUGUCAGGGAAGCAAGAAGGCUGGGAAUUUUCCUUGAAGCAAAGGAGUUCCACAUACCCAACGUAGCCUCUUUAUCGAUCUGCUCCCAGAUCCGAGAACUGUAA